AUGACAGAAACGACGCCAAAAAUCAAAAUUCUCAAGGGCGCCGCACCAGACUUGUCGGCCGCUACCUACCAGCUUCAUGAUGAAUCGCAUACGAUAGGAAACUCAUUGCGGUGGAUGUUGAUGAAAAACAACCCACAUCCAUCCGAAAACGUCAUCAACGUUCGAAUCCAGAUGUACGAUGGCCUGUCCUCUUUGGAUGCCCUUUUAAAAGCCUUGAGCGACCUGGACAACCUAUGCGAAGCCGUCGAAGAUGCCUACUUGGAGAGCUUACGGGAAGAAAAGUUUGAACGAUGGGACGAGAAGCGAUAG